AUGACCUGUUGUGGGAGGCAAGGUCGGCAAGUGCAUGAUGGUCCGCAAACGUUUGCGCUGGCCGCUACGUAUUGGUGCGGCGAUGCCACGAACUCAUCAAUAUGGCAUCGGCAGAAGCUUCAAGGCUUGGAAUUUGCGACUUGCUUCAUGGUAAGUUGGAAAGCGUUGUGCGCAAACCAGUUGUCGAAGGCUUUUCGGACAUGGCGUGGUAUGAACAAAGAGUUGCCUGAUGGCUAUUUACACAUCCUGGUGAACGUUGGCGACGCAGGGCCAGAUCAGGUCGGUUUCAGAAGUAGCUUGCACACCCUCUUCACGCGUGAUGACUACAAGUUUGUGUUGUUCUUCUCUCUCGCGUGCCUGAAGCACCAAUUUCAUCUGGCAGCACGAGGACAGCUGUCACUUAUGGACACCUGCCUGCGAUUGUUGGGCAAGCGCUUCAAGUAUUUCACUUCCGUAGCCACUAUGUCGCACAGUUGGCGGGGGCAUCUGAAAAAAGUGCGAAGCCAGUGGGAACAGUUGCAUUCGCACGACGGCAAGUUGGGCAACAAGGAAAUUCUGUUUCGCGUGCCGCCUGUAGCUAUCGCUGGCCGCUGGGCAAGCAUUGACAGUGCUGAAGAGUUUUACUUGACUGCAGGGGCCGCAAAUGUCUGUGAAGUUCUCACAGCUGCUUUCCGACAAGGCGGCAAUGCUGCUGUAGCAGCUGUCCCUGCCAUCACUGACGGCCAGCAAGCAGGUAGUGUGUUGGAUGAGCUCUCACUUGAUGACUCGAAGGUGUAUCAACAGAAAACAGGCAAGUACAUUCAGAACACAUUGCGCGCCGCCGAAGAUGCGUGGUUUUGGUACGUCAUGAGGUUGGGUCAUGAAACGCGGGCUCCUCUGCUGCACUUCUACCGAAUCUUGAAUCGAGACCCGGCGAAGAACAGCAUGCCAGUGGUCGCUUUGGUUUGCGAAGAUUUGGAUGCGGUCUCCAAAAAUUUCAGGGAUGCGCUCCUGAAUAUGGGCAAGAUGCUUUCCAGGGCGUUGGAUGAGAUUGCCCAUGUGCCGGGCGCUCAAGAGCAGAGGCAGCAAAUGCGCAAAGAUGGCCGAGAUGUGGCACUGGUCCUGCUGUUGCACAACGCGUCGGCCUUCCAGCGAAGAGUUUGCAACGUUUUUGACAGGUGGGCCAAUUGUGAACGCAUGUUUCUGUAA